AUGCCGUCUCAACCCUUUGGCGGGGAGAGCCUCGCCACGGUGCUAAGCAAUCUGCAACAGACCCUUCGCACGUCACUCGAAGCCCUGAAGUCGGCCAACAUUGCUGCCGAGCUGCAAGGGGCGCUCCACGAUGACAAGCGUCUCCCGGACAAGGCAAUCGCGGGCCUGGCUUCCGGCACCGUCGACCUCCUGGCCGAAGUGGAGCAGCUACUCCAGCCGGCGCAUCUGAUCCUCGCCGAUCACUUCUUGGGCUACACCGACACCAAGUGCUUGGUCGCGGCCAACGAGCUUCACCUGGCCGAUAUCCUUGUCAACGGCCCUUUGACCGUCCCAGAGCUCGCCAAGGCAAGCAAUGCUCGAGCGGACCGCCUUGGCCAGAUUUUGAUGCCGCUCCGCAACAAUGGCAUCUUCAGCUACAACCCGAGCACAGGGCAGUAUGCCAACACACAUGUCUCGACGCUCCUCCGCUCAGACCACUGGACACAGUGGCACAAUUGGGUCGACCUGUAUGGUAACGAGUUCUACGACAUUGCUCGCGGCAUUCCGAAAUCGGUGAAAAGUGACGCCACUCGGUGGGCGGCCCAGAUCAACUUCGAUACCGACAUGAACAUGUUUGAGUACUUCAAUGGGCAGGGGUGGAUGCCCAGGCUUCACCGCACACUCGGUGGAGGCGCGACUGCCAUGGCGCCGGGCAUCGUUGAAGAUUACCCAUGGAACGAGGUGAAGGACAAGACCGUGCUGGAUCUCGGUGGCGGUGGCGGCUCAUUCAUCGCGACGCUGUUGCGCAACUUCCCCAGCAUGCGCGGGAGCAUCUACGAUCUCCCCCAUGUCAUUGCUCACAGCUCCGAUUUAUUUUCCAAGGGCGGCACCUUUGAGGAUCUCACGGACCGCGUCCCGCAGGCGAACCUGAUCGGCGGUGACUUUCUCAAGUGGGUGCCACCGACCGAGGUCUACGUCAUGAAGUGGUGUUUGCACGACUGGACCGACGAACCGGCGGCGACGAUCCUGCGCAAUGUCCGAAAGGCCAUCGUGUCUGGGCCCGUCAGUCGCCUCGUCGUGUUUGAGUCGAUUCUGUCUGAUGGUCGUAUGGGGAGGCUCUCGCGGUAUGGAGACAUUAACAUGAUGAUGACGGCGAAUGGACAAGAGCGAACGGAGGCGCAGUGGCGGAAGCUGGUGGAGGAGACGGGAUGGAAGAUUGAUAGGAUCUAUCCGCUGAGGAACGCAUGGGUCCAGGCGAUUGACCUCCGCCCGGCGUAG